CCGGAGGCCCGCGCCCGCUCGUCGGCGCUCUCUGAGACCGCGCGCUCUGUUCCGGAGCCCCUCGUGGGGACCUGCAGGCGGCUCCUCUCCCGCUCCCAGAUCACCCUCGUCCUCUCGCGCCGCUGCGGCUGACCCGGCGCGGGGACCCGCAGGGCCCGGGCUAAGGGCGGAACGCUCCGCUUUCAGGAAGAAGAAACAUGAGGUCUCCCUGGAAAUUAUUCAAGAGGAAAAUGGAAGGGGCCAUUUAAAAGGGUUGAAAAGCUGCAGAUUGCCAGACUGGGGCCACAGGGCUGGCAGUGGAAAACCCUGUUGGGUUGUGACCUCUCAUUGAAAAGUCCCAGGUGCCUUUUUACUUCCUGCAAAGGAAAGGAAGAAAAGGAGACCAUGUCCAUAGCCUUGAAGCAGGUGUUCAAUAAGGACAAGACCUUUCGGCCCAAGAGGAAAUUUGAACCCGGCACACAGAGGUUUGAGCUCCACAAACGGGCUCAGGCGUCCCUGAACUCAGGCGUGGAUCUGAAGGCGGCUGUGCAGCUGCCCAGCGGGGAGGACCAGAACGACUGGGUGGCAGUGCACGUGGUAGACUUCUUCAAUCGCAUCAACCUCAUCUAUGGCACCAUCUGUGAGUUCUGCACCGAGCAGACCUGCCCCGUGAUGUCAGGGGGCCCCAAAUACGAGUAUCGGUGGCAGGAUGACCUCAAGUACAAGAAGCCAACUGCCCUGCCCGCUCCCCAGUACAUGAACCUUCUUAUGGAUUGGAUCGAGGUCCAGAUCAACAACGAGGACAUAUUUCCAACGUGUGUGGGUGUUCCCUUCCCAAAGAACUUCCUUCAGAUCUGCAAGAAGAUCCUGUGCCGCCUUUUUCGAGUUUUUGUCCACGUCUACAUCCACCACUUUGACAGGGUCAUUGUGAUGGGUGCGGAGGCCCACGUCAACACCUGCUACAAACACUUCUAUUACUUCGUUACAGAGAUGAAUCUCAUAGACCGCAAGGAGCUAGAGCCCUUGAAAGAGAUGACGAGCAGGAUGUGUCACUAACGCCUCAUCUUACCCUUUGGAAGGAAGAGGAAAACUGUUUCCUUCUGGAGUCCCCAGUGGGCAGGCAGGAGACCUCCCUGGCUGAAACAGCGUACCUACUGCUGGGAGCAGGCAAAGUGGAGACAAGCCGCAACUCCCAAGAGACGUUCCCCCCUCACUCCGUGUGCUCUUAACCCUCUGAGUGCUGCUAGCUGGACCUGUGGACCUGGCCAACCACAGCGUGAGAGAAGGACCACGCCCUCAACCCUCUGGGCUCUGGAGGAGGCCUCUGCACUUACGAGCUCCUCGCAGUUCUGCCUGUGACCUGCCGCUUAAGCUUUACUAGAAUUCAGGUUUAAAGACCGAUACUUACUUGUACUUUUCCUGUCUUGUCAGCUGUCCAACUUUUCUGUAACGUGUUUUUAAGUACCCAGAGAAUCUUGGAAUUCUGGAUGUGCAGCAAGCUCUUCUAUAACCAGCCUUCUUCUCAGGUCUCUGACAGCUUGCACCCUGGUCCUGUGGUGUAAUGUGGACCAGUGCCAGGGAGCCCUGAGACCUGAGGCCUGCCCUGCAGCAUGGACACAAUUUCCCUAAUCGACAGUUUUAUCAGGGAUCACUUCAUGGCGUGGCUUGUCUCUGCCCCAGACAGGGUCUGCCCGCUUUGCAGGGAAGAGACUGGUAGCUAGCAUACAGCUAGAGUUACCAGUUCACCCUGAACAGAAUGUGUUUUUUGUAACUACACCAUUCCUUGUCUCUGCCAUUCAAGAUAUUCCUUCCUGUUUCCCAGAAGAGGGAAUAAAAGGGAGUUAUAAAUGACCAAGAAUGAUCAGCAGAUGCCCUGAGCCAGAGUAGUGCAGUAUUUGUUCUUUAUUAAAGGGUAGGGAAUAGUGGCUGUCUCUACAUAAUACUAAAAUUUCAGUAAUAAAACAAACCCAAAGUACGGUUGGUUAUUUGGUGCAAGUGGCUCAAACGCCUGGCUCGUUGACUUCUGCCCUUCUGAACAGGCCUUCUGAGCUUCUAAAUCCAAUCAAUGUUUCCUUUUCUUCCACACUUUCCUCUCCUAUGCCACAUCACAUUAUGGCACAAAAUUUCUGCCUCUGUGAUUGUCCCACAGUUGCCAAGGUAACAGUGGAGCUGGAACUUCCUUCUUCUAUCUUCCCCAAUUUUUUUCUAUUCCAGUGGACAGAGUGACUCAUUCUGUGUUACAUCCUGCCUUUGAAACCUAAAUGAAUUUUAGUUGAAAAAAUGUUGCCUUCUCUCAUUCAUUCACAAAACUCUGAUGGUCCUGAGAGCCUGUGACUAGGGGGUAAUAACACUUAGAGUGAUUACUUGAAUUUGACAAAAUAGCAGUUGGUGGAGGGAAGUAGACAAGAAUGUAUUUGUGCAUUUUAAUGUCAUACCAAUUAGAGAAUAAACAACUCUGAUUUCAUUUCAUUCUACAAUAAUGUGUUAAAGCCAUCUGUGGCCACUGCAAGAGCCGAGACAGCAUGUUAUCUUUCUUUGUACAAACUAAGAAAGGGCUGACUGUCCAGGCACAGUGGUAUUCUGCAUUAACUAACCCAGCAAAUCAACCCUUGCUUCACAGCUCCAAGUUGUCUCAUAGAAUCCAAACAUUGCUACCUCUCUCCAUGUUGUUGUGCUGUAGUCAACAACAAUGUACCCCACUUUUUUUUCUGUUACUUUGAGGGGACAAGGACAAGAUAGACAAAACAUCUAUCUUCUCAGCAUCACUUAUAGCUGAAAGAAUAUUGACUGUCCUAAGGAUCCAGACAACAGAGAAAUAAGAGCCCCUAUUCCCACCCUACACAAUCUGCAGUAACUACCAUAUUGGGCAGAGAAAUUACGGCAUGGAAUCUGUGCCCUAGGAGGAACUCUGAAGCUCUGCACCAUGGAAAACCACAGGACUUUUGCAUUAGACAGUUGCCUAUGUUACUGCAUUUCGGUAAUGCCUAAUCAAGUAGGAUGCUGGACUCUGAAGACAUUUGUUAUUAAUUCUUUUUAAGGCUAUUGUCUAUUAACUGUUUGUGCCUAUGAAAUUUCCACUCAAUUUAAAAAUCAAAGUAUUUUUAAAACUUCUUGGAACAAUUUCCUCCUGGUUAUACUACUAAUCAUACUAAUCAACUCUUCUAAGAUAAGUUCUGGCAAACUUACCCUAUUUCAAACUUGUCCUAUCCUAUCUGUUAUUUUUUAAUUACACAGUGUUCCUAUUCCCACAGAACUUUGGCAAAUUCUGAAGAAAAUCAUUACAGUUUUUGUCUCUUUGGCUUGACCACAUUCUAAGUACAUAUCUUUACAGAAGGGAAUCUAAGCUCCUGGGAGCCUUCUAAGCAUCUCUAGCUCUCUGGAUCUGAGACCAACACCCUGCAACUUCCUCCUAGUCUGGCUGGCUUGCCCUCAUUUUCUUUUUUUAGUUGGCAAUACAUAUAACCACUUUUUUUUUUAAGAAACUUCACAAAGGGAAGAUUGCAUUGAACAUAUGUAUGCCCUUCAUUUAUGUUUAUCAGUUGUCAAUAUUUCUUUAAUUAACAUUUUCCAUAUUUUCUUUCUCUCUGUAAAUAUACAUUCUCAUUGUUGAACCAUUUUGAAAUAUGAUAGAUAUCAUAAAACUUUGAAAUACUUUAUUAGUUGCCCCAAAAAUGUUUAUGGCUUGUUUUUUUUCAAAUCCAAGAUCUCGAAAAGAUAACAACCAGUGCUGUUAGAUGAUCUGUCAUCACCAAGGAUUCAUAUAUUCCCAUUUAACAAAGGGAAAGGGGAGUAAGAAGAUUCCCUGAGGAAAAUACAUGCAUAUUGCUGGCUAAUGAAAAUUUGUAUAGUCCCUGUGAGUCAGAGUGGAAACAUAUAUAACUUUUUGGGGGUUUUUUGCUCCCAUCCUCAGCGACCUCCCAUUCAGGUCCCUGGUUUAUUUUAGAGACUAUGUAUUCUCAUUGAAGGUGAUUGUCCAAUGGUGCAAAAAAUCUUUUUUUCUUUUAGCGGGAGGAAAUUUUAGAUAUUACAGUGGGUUGUGGUCUUUCAAAGACACAAAUAACAUAAAUGCAUAUAAGUAUGUGGCAUUAAAAUUAAUAAGGAAGGUAAGGAAUCAAAUGUCUCUAAAGGCUCCUUAGGAAGAUGAUAAUGAAAAAAAUAGGUUAAGAAAUAGUCAUUUAGAGCCAGUUUAUGUUUCUUAAGUUGUUAAUUUUCUCUUUCUGUGGUAUUUUCUAAUUUUUGAGGGCCAGGAUGAGUAGAAGCAACUUUGAGUGAUUUCUUAAUCCUUUCCUCUAACCUCCCAGGCCAUAACAGCAACAUUACAGGUGAAAACCCAAUUCUCCUCUCAAAGAUCUUAAGGCACAGAAAUUCUGCAGCAUCCUUUGGUAUAACCCCCUCAAUACGUCACAACAUCUGAAACCCUUGCGUUCAACUUGAGUCAACUAUUAUCUUGGUGUUUCAGCACACCUUUUCUAGUGUCCCACAUAAAGAAAGAUCCAAAGACUAUAUAGGAUCAUUAAAAAUAAUAAUAAAUGAGAGCUUUCCCUGUAUAUCCAGUAAAUAUUUGAAAAUUGUUGCCAAAUGGCCUUCAGGCCUAUCCUUAGCAUUCUCCCAGGGGAAGUUUCAUUGCUCAGUUGCUAACAUUUCCAAACCUCAGCUCGGCCUUCCCAAAGCUUUUCCUGUCACUGUGCAACCUGGAUAUAACCAACAGUGAACAUGUAAGAAAUUAUCUCAUGAUUUUUCUGAACUAUUUUGUGACUUUGCUUAGUCCUGACUUGCUUUUUAUAUGUUUAUAAGUUUUCUUUUCUACUUUAUUUACCCACACUAAAUCCUUAUCUAUUUAUAUUCAACCAUUCUGGUUUGUUAUCCCCAGUUUCCUUCCUUCCCACCUUUUAACAUUCCUCAUAAAUGUACACUGUUUUGUUUAAUCACUUCUUUAAUUGGCAAAGCAUUAAGGGACUUGGAUAGAGUUCUGCUCAUCUUUUUGCAGUGAUUUAUGCCAAUCCAUCAUUCUGGUCAUUGAUAGAAAUAUAUCACUUCCUAUGGUGUCUGACCUUUCAUCACUUCCACACCCAUGGGUAUCACACUGUGAGAAAAAGAAAUAUCAUAGGGAAGAAAUAUCAUGGCCACAUCUUCAAGAAAUGUGUACAAAGGCAGAAUCACUAAAUGGAGCCAGAUGUGCCUCUUGGAUAAUACUGCUGUUAUUUGUCCUUUGAUCAUUUUGGUCCUUGAUAAAAUAGGUGAUUGUCUGCUAGAAUUAGCCAAACAAUGUGUUUUGGAAAUACUGUGCUUAUUUUCUUGCGUUAAAGAAAUGUAUCAACAAAAGCACUUUUGUAACAGGCUGUUUCCCUCUGGGCAGAUUAAUUCUGGGUAAGUUUUCAAUGAAUAAGAAUUUUUGUAACUUUUAGAGGAAGAGUCCAUUUCUAAUCUGACAAGCUGUUUUACUAGCUUUUAUUGUUCUAAUUUCAAAGUUUUCCAGUAUCUUUUCUAAUUGCAUCAGAAAGAAGUUCUAUAUUUUUAGUUCCAUUUGUCAUUAAAUUAAGGGUUUGGCUGUAAGAAGAACUAACACAAAUCAAUUAGAAAAGCAAGAUAAAACUAAAGGAUAUUUAUGAAUCAGUUCUUUGUGAGCUUAGGAAUUCAAAUGUCACAAAUAAAAAUCACAUAAUUAUCAA